AUGGAGAACCAUCAGUACUUCUGGCUUUUCUUGAUAAUAAACUCCUGUUCGGGCUCAGGAACAGGUUUCAACGAUGACCCAGCCAUCGAUCCAAGACUUUAUAACCUGGACUGGAUGAAGUCUGUGCCUGAUGAGACCCUCAUAUCUGCUCUCUCCAUACCUGGAACCCAUGAGAGCUUAUCCUUACAUGGAGGACCUCUUGCUAAAUGUCAAGUUUGGACCUUGGACAAGCAACUCAAUUUGGGAGUGCGGUAUUUUGAUUUGCAUGGGAAAGUCACAAAAUUGAUGACGGAAUUGAUCGACAAGAACCGAAAUAAGAUUUGGACUAAGUCAUCGAUCCCAAACAUGCAACAGGUGAGGGGGAAUAUUGUUCUUCUCCAGAGUGACACAUUCUAUCGUGGCAUAGAAAACCAAGAGUCAACGUUCUUUGAAAAUAAGAAGCUGAUCAAUGUGGAAGCCAAAAUAAGGAAUAUCAAGUCACAACUCUGUGAUCAUCAUGUUGUGUUGACUGACAGUGCAGCAUCACGUCUCAGCAGGCCUAAAACGUUGGCUCAAACACUUAACAAGCAGCUUGACAACUUUGUGGUGCAACAUGAGAAAAGCUCCUCAAACCAAGGUUGCUUGGGAGUCCUAAGCAUGAACUUCCCGAGUGCUGAUCUUAUUAAAAACAUCAUUCAACUCAAACCCUGCAACUGUGUAAAAGGUGGAAAAAUAGGAGAUGGUGGAAGAAAGAUACAAGUGACAACUGAGCCAAAACCCAAGCCAACAUCAUCAACAUCUGAACAAGCACAACCUAAAACUGAGCCAAACAUUACACCCGAAGCAGCAGAGUCAACAUUAUCUGGAUUGGAGUCAACGCCAAAGUUUGAAGAAAAAGCUAAACCAGUUCCUGAACCACAGGCUAUAACUUCUGGAGACAACACCUGA